UUUUGGUUUGUCUUAUUUGCUUAGCAUGCAAUAAUGGCCAGCCAUGACCCACUGUAUUGUCGGACAGAAGAAUGACAGAGAGAGGAAACCAUGGAGAAAUACCUUCCCAAAUAUGUUCCGGUCUUUACUCUGCUGGCACUGUCAGGACUUCUAUUCCUGCUGUGGAACAUCACCUCGUUGGAAAGCUGGAACUGCCAGACAGCAUCUACCUUCUAUCAGCUUCAAAACAGCAUCCAGUCAGUCUUGAAGACCUCUGAAUUUCUUCUACCUGUGGAGUUCAACUACUCAUUCUGUGCCCACCUCGGCCAGGAGCCCUCCGCAGAGGAAGCCAGGGAGGAGAGCUAUCUUCUCAAAUCCAUCGCCUGGCCAGAGCCAUCAAUACUAGGACUGCCGUUGCGUCAAAGUAGCGAUCCUGCACAGAGCUAUUAUACUAUUCAAGACCCCGGAGAGCUGCAGGUUGGUGGGCAGUUUGUAGUGAAGGUACAGAUGCAAAACUUUUUGGGCCAGCCCAAAAAACACGGAGGAGACUUCCUAGUAGCACGACUUCACACACCAGAGCUGGCAGCAGGUGUGGUGGGGCGGGUACAAGACCACAACAAUGGAAACUACACUGUAUUUUUCCCACUGCUUUGGGCAGGCGUUGUGCAGGUGGAACUGACCAUGAUUCACUCCAGCGAAGCCGUGAUGGUCCUCAGGCGACUGAGAGAGGAGCAAUCGGACCGAGUGUUCUUCAAGAGCCUCUUCCGCUCAGGGUACCUCUCUGAGACCACUUUGUGUAAUUUGUGUCUGCCACUCAAACAGCAGCCGCUUUGCAACUACACAGACCCACAGACCGGAGAACCCUGGUUCUGUUAUAAGCCCAAGAUGUUGGACUGUGAUACACGGAUCAACCACUCAAAAGGGGGGUAUAAGAAACACCUUCUCACUGUUUAUGAGUCACAGUUCUUCCACAGUGGAGUAAAUAUCAAAAUCCCAAUACAUUCUGCAGGGGUGGACAAUGUGACUGUUCUACCUGCUUCUAAAGUACGAACCAAAGGGAAGCACCUUAAAUUCACUCCUUCCGGUUACUACUACCAGGGAUCAUGGAAGCCGUUGAGUGGUGUCGUCAUGCGUCAGUUUAAUGGCUCUUCAGUCAUAACCCAGUGUCUUAGAGGGAAAAUGGUGUACAUGUAUGGAGACUCCACUGUGCGACAGUGGUACGAGUAUCUCAUUGCCCAUGUUCCAGAGCUUAAAGAAUUCAACUUUCAUAGCCCGAAGAAUGUUGGCCCGUACAUGGCAGUCGACAGCAACCACAACACACUGUUGAGAUACCGCUGCCACGGGCCGCCGAUCCGCUUCACAUCCGUGUUCUCGGCUGAGAUGCACUAUAUCUCAAAUGAGCUGGACGGCUUACGAGGGGGCUCGGACACGGUGGUCGUGAUUAGCAUCUGGUCACAUUUCAGCACUUUCCCAGUGCAGGUUUACAUACGGCGCCUGCGCCACAUCCGCAGGGCGGUGAUCCGACUGCUGAACCGAGAACCAUCGACUACGGUUCUGAUUCGCACAGCCAAUCUCCAGAAACUGGACCCGGAGUCCAGCAUGUUCAACAGCGACUGGUACUCUCAACAGCUUGACGCAGUGCUCCGAGCCAUGUUUAAAGGUCUGAACGUCCAGUUGGUGGACGCCUGGGAGAUGACACUGGCCCACCACCACCCUCAUCAGCUACACCCUCCACCUGACAUUAUAUCAAACAUGCUGAACUUUGUCCUUUCCCACAUCUGCCCAGUAAGGAGAAAGAGAAGGCAGGGCUAAUGCAAGGCUUAACCUCUCUAGCAGAAUUUGAGGAAUAUUUAUUUUAAGUUGUAUUUUUAGCCUUUUUAGAGAGGGGGACAGGAUCAGCGCUGGGAAUUGAACUCGGGUCACCAGAGGUGCAGUUGCACUAUAUGGCGGAGCGUUGCCCAUGAGGAUAACGGUUCUGACAUUUGUGGGCAAUCUUGAGGAACUGGUGAGAGUACUACUCUUCCAAACCUCUGCCUUUGGGAUCAGCGCUUUUGCUAUCUAUUCAGCCAUUAUUUGCUAUCUGUUUGGGCUUGCAAAUGUUCAUAAUGAUUUUGUUGAUUAGAAAUACAAAAGCAAACAGUUAAUGUAGCCCUUUAU